AUGGUUACCCCAUUGAAUUGGACUUUUAAAUGGCUUUUUUUCUGCCUAAUAGCCAUAAUUGUGAUUCUUGUUCUGACAAACCAACAUGCAAGCCCUCAAUACCGGAAAAUUACAGAGAUGUCUAGAGAUUUGGAAAUAACAGAAGAAGGAUCAAAUAGUCCUUUAGAGGAAUCUCAGAAAGGAAUUAACCAAGUGAAGGAGGCAUUUCCACGUUUUUUUGUUGAGACGAAGAAGUGCAAGAUUCCGUAUGUUGAUCCCUUUGAGGAAAAUGCCAUGGCCGUGUUCCAUGCCGAGCAUUUUGAGUCCUGCUCCAACGAAACCGCUCUGGUGACCCCGAUCUAUGACGUCGGUCGGCAGCGAUAUAUGAUGUAUAUCAACAAGACGCUGGCCUCUAUCAUACUGAAGCUGAACGAGGGCGAGUUCAACUGCUAUUAUCAGGAGAUAACGCGGGACCGGGAGCACGACAGUUAUGAUAAGGGGGAGCGAAAGUAUUUUUCGCAAAACUACGAGGUACCACUGCAUGUUCAGGGCUUGAUUUUGGCUUGCCAUCGUCUUGGCAACGAGUCGGAUAUUCUGCAGAGUGAUGCAUACACCUUCAUUCAAUAUAAGCCGCUACCCAAGGGACUAUCGAAGGCACCGGCUAAGCGGAAGCCAAGUGUCCUAAUGUUUGGCAUAGACAGCCUUUCACGAAUUAAUUUGCGCCGAACUAUGCCUAAGGUUUAUAGCUUUCUUACAAAGACCGGCUGGUAUGAACUACAGGGCUAUAAUAAGGUUGGAGACAACACCUUUCCCAACCUGUUGGCCAUUUUGACAGGCUACGACCAGGAAAAGUCUUUAAAAAAUGUUUGCGACUGGCACAAGAAGGGCUGCUUAGAUCAGAUGCCCUUCAUAUGGAAGUAUUUCCGGAAUGCCAGUUAUCUGACCGCUUAUGCAGAGGAUGAGACUGGCAUAGGAACGUUCAACUACUUUAAGCCCGGCUUUACGGAACAACCCACCGACUAUUAUCUCAGGCCCUUUCAGAAGGCCUUCGAGUCGAAUAUGAAUACCUGGAAAUGCGAUGACUGCUCUAUGAGAUACUGCAUUGGCCGGCGUAUCACGAGCAGCUAUGUCUACGACAUGGCCACCGAAUUUUCCAGGCGUUUUGUGGAGGAGCGUCCCAUUUGGGGUCUGUUCUGGUCGAAUAGCUUUAGUCACGACAGCUUCCAGAUGCCCUCAAAAAUGGAGGACUAUGUGCUGCAGUACCUCCUGGACUUCGAGGCAGAUGGAGCGUUCGAGCAGAGUAUUAUGAUAUUCCUCUCGGAUCAUGGAUCUCGUUAUGGAAGAAUUAUGUCCUUGCCCAGUGGCUUCCUUGAGGAGCGUCUGCCAACGAUGUUUAUAUACUUGCCACCCUGGUUCCGUGAUCAAUACCCGGAUUAUGUAAAUGCCCUAAAGUUGAAUCAGAACCGCCUGACCUCCAACUACGAUCUGCACAACACACUGAAACACAUCAUCGAAAUGGGCGGCACUCCUGAUGGUCUCACGCUACCCAAGGCAGCCGACUGUCCAAAGUGCCAGUCCAUAUUCCAUCCCAUCGAUGAAUCGCGGACCUGUGAGGACGCCGGUAUACCGGAGCAUUAUUGCACUUGCGUGCCUUACAAAAGGCUUGAUUCGUCUUGGUCCGAAAGUAUUGCCGCUAUGGUGAUCGGCCGAAUCAACGAGUACCUGGCCGGAAGGAAUCUCAGCGACAUAUGCUCGAAGCUAACCCUCAGUUAUGUCCAUAAGACAGAGAUCAAAAUCGAUUUGGAUAAGAAUUUCCAUGAUGAUGUCCCCUUUUUAGAAGAGGCUACCUAUCGCACUAUGUUCAAGGUCAAACAGAAUAGCGCCGACUUUCGGGCCACCGUUCUGUUUAACAAUGUCACGAACUCCGUUGAAGUAGCGGUGCCUACUAUAAGUCGGCUCGAUAGUUAUGAAAAGGUGUCAACGUGUGUCAAUGACAAAACAGACAAGAUGUAUUGCAUUUGUAAAAGUGAUCUUAAAGAUUAGAUUGGAGCUUAGAUAAGUUGUUACAGAGUCAUAAUAUUACUUAGAUUUUUACAUGUUACGUUAUUUGUUACUUUAAGUGUUUAAUGUACACAGAAUUGGAAACUAAA